GGAGGAGGGCGCUGCGUUGGAAUUGCAGACCGGAGCUCGGCCAUGAGUCCUACGAAUGAGCCGGAGGGCGGAUCACGCCGGGAGGAGGCGGACUCGGGCUCCGCUCGUCCGCCUCUCCCGCCGGCGGCCGAGGUGGCUGUUGGGGAGCUAGUCUCCGCCUUGAACCGGCGGAGGGUCUAUAGGGACGUGACGCUUGCUCUCCGCUGCGGCCUCCGCGAUGCCGCGGCCGACUUCUCCUUCCUCCGGACCAGAGGCCUACGGAGCCUCCUCAAGUUCCUCGGAUCCAUCUCUAGCUCUGACGAUGCCAUCCGCCUCUUCUGCCAUUCUCAGACCAUCCCCGAACUGCGAGUGGUUCCUGUUCUCUUUCAGAAUUCAUUGCAGCAAUCGAAGGACAACCCUGUGGUGAUUUUGGACCAUAUAUUUGGUGUGGAACCUUUGAAGAUUGUUAGUCCUGCAACGGAAUCUGAAAUUGCUAUCGCACUCAGAGUUCUGGAAGGUUGUUGUUUACUCCAUAGUAGCAGUGCAGCUUUAGCCCACAAACACAAGGCAAUUGAGGUGUUAGUUAACAUACUUUCCACUAGAGGAACCAUUGAGCAAGGGGCAUGCUUGGAUGCUUUAAUAGCAGUACUGUUGGAAUCUUCAUCCAAUCAGAUGGAUUUUCGAGAAUGUCAUGGUAUUGAGAAAGUCAUCGAUCUCAUUAAAGAUGAGCAAGUCGAUGAAAGCAUUAGGUUGAAAUGUGGAGAGUUUCUGCUUCUAUUGGUUGGCUAUGUGAAUCGGAACGAAAAUUCUCCAUUGGCACACAUACACGAGGAUAUGCAGCGAAACAUAGGCGAGAAGUGUGCAUCACUAGUGUGGGCGGCCAGCCAGUUUGGAUCAACCCUAGACCCUGAACAAAGACAAACGGCUCUACAUAUUCAAGCGCGGAGGGUGGUAGAGUCCUUGGUGCUAUAAUAGUCUCAUUCAGCGCAAAAAUGUGAUAUUCAUUCAUAGUGAAACCUACUACUUUAUUAGUUUAAGAAAUCUAACGUAAGAAAGAAAAAAAAACAUUUUUCCUUGUAGCUUUGUAUUGUAUUAGUUUAAUUUGUGGUGGUGUUUCAGUUUUCGAGUUGUUUUGUUUGCAACUGAUGCCACGGCUGUUUUAGGAUUUGUAAUAUUCUAAGUUAAACACAGUCAAAGUAUCAAGAUUGAUGUAUGGCCAUGUUUAAUUGUGGAUAGAAGAAGAGGAUAAA